CCAGAUCUUUUACUAUAAGUGUAGUUAGUAUCGUACGAUUCACGAUAGAUACUAACAAUUCGAUUCUGUAGUCCAGAGAUACAAAUCGUAUGGCAGAAUCGAUUUAAUCUUUGAACUGUUGCCGGAAUAGCUUGAAUCUUAUGUAUCGGGCUAAAUUGUGAAUCUGGAUGGCGGCACACGAUUCCUUUGCAAGCUGGGUAACGCUCGAAUCGCAGCAAUGCAACCGUCAGCCACCACUGCUGCCACAUCGUAGGGCGUUUGGCACCUCGGCAGUGCGGACGUUCACGGCCAAAACAGGGAGAUGUUCACAAUCUGCAGGAGCAGAUUUAGGAAGCUUUGGCUUGAUUACAGCAAGUACACAUACACCUAACACUGCUCCCACAUGUGCUGCUGGAGAUUUGGAUGUUUCCACUAGAACACUUCCUUCUAUUGUGCAACCACCUACACUUGAAUUGAAACCUUUGCCCAAACAUUUGAAGUAUGCAUUUUUAGAGACUAAUGAUAAAUUACCUAUGAUUGUUUCUACAGAUUUGGAUGCUGCACAAGAAGAAAAGUUGUUGCAGACUUUGGCAGCCCACAAACAAGCAAUAGGCUGGACUCUGACCGACAUUCCAGGAAUUAGUCCAUCUACUUGCAUGCAUAGGAUCUUGCUAGAUGAUGAUGCAAAGCCUGUGAGAUAGCCCCAAAGGAGAUUGAAUCCCACUCUUCUAGAGGUGGUGAAGAAAGAAGUAAGCAAAUUACUGGCUGCCGGCAUUAUUUACCCCAUUUCGGAUAGUGAAUGGGUGAGCCCUAUACAUGUAGUACCCAAGAAGACCGGCAUAACCAUUGUGAAGAACCAGCAAGAUGAAUUGAUUCCCACUAGAAUUCAGAAUGAGUGGCGUGUUUACAUUGAUUAUAGGAAGCUAAAUGUGGCCACCCGCAAAGAUCACUUCCCUUUGCCUUUUAUUCAUCAAGUCUUGGAGCGGAUAGCAGGGAAGUCUCAUUACUGUUUUCUAGAUGGAUUUUCUGGUUAUUUUCAGAUUCACAUAGCCCCAGAAGAUCAACAUAAGACUACUUUCACAUGUCCUUUUGGCACCUUUGCAUAUAGACGUAUGCCUUUUGGACUUUGUAAUGCACCCGGUACUUUUCAACGAUGUAUGAUGAGCAUUUUUGCAGAUUUCUUAGAGGAUUCCCUUGAGGUUUUUAUGGAUGAUUUUACUGUUUUUGGGUCUUCGUAUGAUUCUUGCUUAGAUAGCUUGUCUAGAGUUUUAGAUAGGUGCAUUGAGUCCAACUUGGUUUUGAAUUAUGAAAAGUGUCAUUUUAUGGUGAAUGAGGGGACUGUAUUAGGGCAUGUGAUUUCACAUAGGGGCAUUGAGACAGAUAGAGCUAAGAUUGAUGUGAUUGUUUCUUUACCUUACCCCACAUGUGUGCGGGAAUUACGCUCUUUUCUAGGUCAUCCAGGUUUUUAUAGGCGCUUUAUUAGAGAUUUUAGCAAGAUUGCAUCUCCAUUAUCCACUCUUUUACAAAAGGAUUCUGACUUUGUCUUUGAGCAGGCUUGUAGGGAUGCCUUUGAUGAGUUGAAGAGAAGCCUCGCUUCCACACCUAUCAUUCAGCCACCUAGAUGGGAAAUUCCAUUUGAACUCAUGUGUGAUGCCUCAAAUUUUGCAGUAGGUGCUGUGCUUGGCCAAAGAGUGGAGAAGCAACCUCAUGUCAUAGCUUAUGCUUCUCGUACCUUGGACAGAGCACAAGUGAAUUACACUACCACGGAGAAAGAGCUUUUAGCUAUUGUUUUUGCUUUAGAUAAAUUCAUAUUUGCUAGGCUCUAAAGUGAUUGUAUUCUCUGAUCAUGCAGCUUUGAGAUACUUGCUUAAGAAGUCUGAUUCUAAACCUAGAUUGAUUCGUUGGAUGCUUCUUUUGCAGGAAUUUGAUAUUGAGAUUAGAGAUAGGAGCAGGGCUGAGAACUUAGUGGCGGAUCACUUGAGCAGAAUUCAGCAGCCACUUGAGGAUCUUCCCAUUCGUGAUACCUUUCCGGAUGAGCAACUUUUGCACAUUAGAGGGCAUGUUUUUUCUUGGGGAGUUUUUUCUUUCAACUCCCUCACUUUUGUAUUGUUUGGAUUGUCUUUUGGCUUAUUGUGUAUACAUUGAGGACAAUGUGGAUUUUAAGUGUGGGGGGUGUAUCAUGUCACUCAUUUU